AUGCCUGCGUGUGUGCCUGUCUGUCUUUCGAUCCAAUGGAAGUCACAUCUGUUGUUAUCCGCCAUUUUAUCCAUUUUUUUUUCUACUUUUUUUAACGACCGACAGCCUGGGCCAACGAACCGCUGUCGCUCUGAAAUCCUUUGCCCGCCUGCUUCGCUGCCGGAGCGCGAUAAUCACGCUGAAUUGACCAAGAGGCCGGACGAAUGGCCGACAGGCUGCUUAGCCGACGUCAAUGGACGCUUUUUUUUCUCCCUUCUCCCCUUCUUCACCCGCUGCGAUGAUGGGAAGGUUGGUGCUGGUUGCAAUGCCCUCUUACGCGAAAUGACACACGUGAUAAGCGCGUAUACGUCGCCGAUGGGGUUUAUUUGUAUAAUCCUUGACAAUUCCCUUUUUCGUUUACUCAACCGUUUUUCGUCCGGAGCUACUAAAGGCAUUGGUACCUUGAAUAGUUUUAAGGCGGAAAUAAAUGUUUGUGCCGUACAUACUAUCUAUCUAUCUAUCUAUCUAUCUAUGCCUGUUCAUAUCUAUCUAUCUAUCUAUCUAUCUAUCUAUCUAUCUAUCUAUCUAUAUUUCGCAGUCUGUUCAUUAUCUAUCUAUCUAUCUAUCUAUCUAUCUAUCUAUCUAUUUUUCCGCACCCAGCCUUAUAUGUUAGAAGCCGCUGUCACAACACCUCUCCCCUACCUGCAAAUCUAUAAUGACACCCACGCACCAUCAGACAGCCAUGUCCGCUUAACUGCCACGUCACUCUUUGCAGUCAUUACGAAAGCCCAACAUGAUGACCUCCUCAAAGGUUCAAAGUCUUCUUUUUGUCUUUGUUCUUAUAAUCAAAAGCGCGGACCGUUUACCAUCACCGCCACUAGCACCAAUGUUGAAAUUAGAAUCAUUCCUAGUAUUUUCUGA